UUUACGUUUUUAAUCUAUUGUUCACCAUGGCAGCGGAGGGGGACUUUCUGAUGAGAUAUCGUGCUGUAUCAAAUAAAUUGAAAAAACGUUUUCUUCGGAAACCCAAUGUAGCAGAAGCAAGUGAGCAGUUUGGUCAGUUGGCUAAAGAGCUGAAGCAGCAAGACUGCCUUCAGUAUGCAGCCUUCUGUGACCUUGCAAUGGCAAGGUGUGAGCAGACUCUUUUCAAUGCUCCUGGGGAGGCCCUGGCCCUGACCGAUGCUGCCCGGCUCUUCCUGCUCUCUGAGAAGGAGAACAGAGCACUACAAGCCCCAGGCUUCGACGAGCACCUGCAGGCCGCACUCAACUGCUACAGCUUCGCCAUCAAGGUGUACAUUGAGAUGAACCAGCCUGUCAUGGCUGCCAGCCUAUCUCUGGAACUUGGCAAUGCCCUGAAGGAGAUGAACAGACCAGGUGAGGCCAUAGUUCACUACCAGAGAGCAGCAGAACUCCAGACACAGCAGCCCAUUGAGUCUCUGCUGUCUAUGGGAGAGAUGGCCAACUGCAAAAUACUCACCCGUGACUAUGACGGUGCGCUGUCCGUGCUGACAGAGAUGCAGCUGAUGUGUCAGGAGAGGGGACUGCAACUGCCCGGCACCAGCACCCCCGUUGGUGCAUUUCUGGACAUUGUGGCCAAGUGUGAGAUUUCUAGAGUACUUUUGCUGAUGCUACUUGAGCCUCCUCCCCAGAAGUUGUUGCCAGAGCAUGCCCAGACCCUGGAGAGAUACGCCUGGGAGUCGUUUGACCCUCAUAGUCAGGUGACCUUCCUACCUGAGAAUGUCUUCCUGCUUCUGCAGUCAGUUGUGAUGGCCUGCCAGGAAAAAGACACAGAGUCCCUCAAGUCUCUUCAACCUGAACUCUGGCCUCUUCUCUCAGCAGAGCAGAACCACCUCCUUCACCUGGUGGUGCAAGAGCGGAUCACCCCCUCUGGACAGGGGAUUUAGUACAGUCCAGAUCAACUCACUACACCCCUUCGGAAUGACACAUAAUGGAACAUUCCUGUCUCUGUCUUGGUCUGUUGUAGGGCCUCUUGAAUAAUGUGGGGUUGUCUUUUCUAAAAGAACGUGGGAACCGGACCAAGCAUGUCGUUGGACAUACUGUACAUCUUACUGCAUCCCCUGUUAUGCCUAUUAGUGGUCGCAGGAUUGCUCUCGUGGUGAAGUCUUGCAUCAUAUAGUUAUUUAUUGGAAAUAUGUUGAAUAGAUGAAAUAUGAAUGAAAAAUAUGCUUUUUUUCUAGCGUUUUUAUUUUGUUAAUAAAUUGUAUAGUCUGAACAAACAUGGCUUAAAUUCCAAUGUAAUUACAAAACAGAAUCCCUCUACUGCAUUAUAAUAAAUGGUGAUAUUACAUACACCGCAUUGA